UCCAAUAACGUUACAUUGCUCUGACAUGCAGGCUUCUUUUGGUGAACAGGCAACUAAAAUGGCAGCGACACAAUCUUGUAAGGUGGCAGUUAUUGGCGCAGGCACAGCCGGCCUAGUGGCGGCUAGGGAGCUCCGGCGAGAAGGCCACCGAGUUACGGCAUUUGAAAGGAACACCAGACUCGGUGGCACAUGGGUUUACGAAUCACGGGUCGAGACUCAUGACCUGUUGGGUCUAGACCCGACGAGGGAAAUUGUCCACACAAGCUUGUACCGUUCCCUUCGGGUCAAUAUGCCCAGACAGCUUAUGAGCUUCUCGGACUAUCCAUUUUCGAGGAAAGAAUAUAGCGACCGGAGGUCAUUCCCGCGCCACGAGGAGGUGCUCCGUUACCUAGAGGAUUUCGCACGGGAUUUCGGAUUGGUAGAGGUGAUUCGAUUCGGACAUGAAGUGACAAGUGUUGAACCGGUCGAUGUGUCGGGUCAAAAGUGGGUCGUCGAGUGGAAGAAUCGACAGAUUCCGUCGCAAGGCAAAUCGGCGGCGGAGGAGGAGGAGAAGGAAUUGUUCGACGCCGUGGUCGUGUGCAACGGUCACCACACUGAGCCCAGAAUCGCUGUGUUUCCAGGAAUUGAUACUUGGCCAGGACUGCAAAUACACAGUCAUAACUACCGGACUCCUGAACCCUUUCAGAAUCAGGUUGGCUUUGUGGAUGGCAUGACAGUAAUCUAUAUAUUGUUUGUGUUUUCCAAUUGAAUUUACUAUUAAUAGCAAUUUUUGUAUGGAUUUGGGGCUUUAUUACUAAUUGAUUCUGGCUGACAGAUAGUGGUGCUGAUUGGAAAGGGAUUCAGUGCCACUGACAUAUUGCAAGAGAUCUCUUCUUUUGCAAGAGAAGUUCACCAGGCUGUUAGAGGGGUUGAUUUUAGAUCUGAAAAGCUAGAAAAUCAAGACAAUGUUUGGAAGCAUCCAAUGGUUCUCUGUUCUGUUAAAGUGAAAUUAAAUUAUUAGUGGAUUUCUUUAUUGUGUGCUUGAGUUUUACUGAUAAAUAAAGGGUGUACAUCUACAGAUCAAAUGUGCUCAUGAAGAUGGUAAAGUGGAAUUCCUGGAUGGAUCGGCUGUUUAUGCAGAUGCCAUUAUUCAUUGUACUGGGUACAAAUACCAUUUCCCAUUUCUUAAUACAAAUGGGAAAGUUACUGUGGAUGACAACCGUGUUGGACCUUUGUACGAACAUGUUUUCCCACCAAGCUUAGCACCCUGGCUUUCUUUUGUGGGACUACCUAACUUGACACAGCCGGCUCUGCUAAUGGAGUUGCAAGCUAAAUGGGUGGCCAAAGUAUUGUCUGGCAAAUUGAAGCUGCCAACUGAAGAAGAGAUGACAACUUCAGCUCAAGGAUUUUACCAGCAUUUAGAUCAGGUUGGAUGGCCCAAGCGCCUCACUCAUCAGCUUCUGCAGGAUAAGAUUGAUUAUGAAAAUUGGCUCUUACUCAGUUGAGUUUACCAUCACUAGAGAAGUGGAGAGAACAAUUGUUUUACCAUAUGAAGAACAUCUUGUUAUCAUCUUCUCCUGGUAAUUAUCGAGAUGGCUGGGAUGUUGAUGAAUGGAUACAAGAAGUGCAGUCUUCAUAUUGAAGACUGUAGAAUCCUCAUCAUCAUGUUUUCAAGACUUUGAUCAAUCGUCAAUGUCCUCUGGAGUUCUCUGCAGUGCUUUUCUGAUGUAUUGUACUGUUUCUGUUAAAAUAAUCUCCAUUUUUGUUGCCAUAAUCUUUAUUUUCUACAGUUUUACAGUCCAAGCUCUCUGGUGAGGGAAGGGUUCUCAAUAUCCAAGCCCUCUACGACGCAACAGUUUGGAUUGUAA